AUGUCUAAAUUAGCUACGAGACCCAAAAACGCUGCUCAUGAUGAUCCUUCGGCCGUAAGCGGCGUUAGAUGCGCGCUGGGGCUUCACCAUUUCCGCGUAUCUCCACUCCGCGGACGUUUACUUCUCCGAACCUUUUCACCAGGACAAAAUGGCGCUCCGAAUAGCCUUAGGCUCAACGACAUCCGACCACCGAGCGGUCCUCAAGGCGCACAACCAGAUGCCUGGGAUCUUUUGCACCGGGUGGAGAAGCUCGAAAAGUCCUCGACAUCUAGUCCUAUCAGCCGGCUGUCUGAGACAGAUCGGGCCGCAUUUGCUGGCCAGCCCGACCCGCAGGACUCGCACAUAAUUCUAGACAAGACGAGGUUCCGACCUAUCAUUGCCUGCUAUGUUGCGGCCACUGGAUCUUGGAGUGGCUAUGCUGAGGCCACCGGCAGCGGUCCGAAGCCCUCGUUCCAGGGUUCUGAAGCCGAAGCCCUGACUGUCCAGAUGGCGGACAAGAUGGCAACUCUGUACUUCCGAUCAUUUGAGUCGUCGCAUCGGAUACUCCACGCACCUACGUUUUGGACCGAGUACCAGAGAUUUUGGAGCCAUCCAGAAAGCAUCACGACUGCCCUUCGUCUCAAGAUCCUUCUCGUUGGUUUAGGAUCUAGUCUAUACGGACAGGAAGACGCAAGUGCUGAAUUUUGCAGUCUAGUCCUUCAAUCGAUAUAUACUACUCAGACCUGGCUUUCCGGACCAUUAGAGAAAGACCGUUUAGAUCUCACCGGGCUACAAAUCCAUUGCCUAAUGAUUCUAGCACGGCAGAUAUUCUCAAUCGGCGGCGACCUGGUAUGGAUAUCGAUGGGAUCGCUCAUCCACAAAGCCAUGCAAUUAGGUUUGCAUCGUGAUCCAAAACAUCUCCCGAAAAUGUCGGUAUUACAAUCCGAGAUUCGCAGGAGGAUAUGGGCAACUAUACUCGAAAUGACUAUACAGCCGUCUUUAGACUCGGAGAUGCCUCCCAGACUCUUCGUCGACGAGUUUGACACCGAGGCCCCUUCUAAUGUUAACGAUGAUGAGAUGGACGAAUCUACUACGGGGAUCCAACCCCACCCUAAGGGCAAAUAUACCGCCACAUCGAUGCAGCUUAUUCUACUCGACUCGGUACCUACCCGCUUCCGGAUCCUGCGGCUUCUGAACGGCUUGCACACCGAGCUUUCAUACUUGAAUGUCCUUACGCUAAGAUCAGAGCUUACAGAAGCAUGUCGGGUGGCCAACAGUUUCAUGAAGGAGAAUGGGGAGUCCGGUAUAACGACGUUUCACCGAAAUCUACUCGGCUAUCUAGUUCGUCGGUUCCUGCUCCCUCUGCACUGUCCAUUCGCCACCACCGCGCAAACAAACCCAUUGUUCUACCACUCGGUCAAGGUCAGCCUAGAUGCUGCCAUGGCCAUCAUCUCCCCCGGGCCAGACGAAGGCUUUUCCCGUCUUAUGGCUAUUAGCGGAGGCUUAUUCAGAGAGGGCUUCAGAAGCGCAAUGACGGCCAUUACCCUCGAGCUUCUCGUCCAGGUCGAGGCCCAGCGCCUCGACGGGACGCUACUCCGUAACCUACAAUAUAGAGGUCUUCUUAAGCAAGCCGUAAAGGACAUCAUUGAGUUGUCCGCGGAGCGGAUCCGGCAAGGCGAGACUAAUUUUAAGAGCCAUAUGUUCCUAAACAUGAUCCUGAGCCAGGUCGAGGCGAUUGAAACGGGCACUUCGUGUGAGAUUAAGAUUUCACAGAGUGCUAGGGACAGCCUCGAGUUCUGUCAUGAUCUACUAAGAACACGAGCUGACACUGUCCCUUUACCGUAUCCCAGCGAUAUCGGUCUCACAUCAACGAGGCCUAAUGGUGAGCAGGAUGACUACGGGUUUGACUUCAACUUGGAUUUUUUUCCGCCAGAUGGUGGCUUUUCUUAG